AUGGCCGCCCCGUCGCUCGUCGUCUCCAACCUCGGGGCUCGCGCCAACCCCCGCGUCGCGCGUCGCGCUUCCUCCCGCGCGCGCCGCGUCGCCCCGCCGCGAGCGUCCGGCGGGGAGCGUCGUCGUACGAUCGAGGAGGGCGACGCGAGCGAGGCGAGCGUGGGUGCCGCAGGGCGCGCGUCGUCGCUUCCUCUCGGCCUCACCCGCCGUAACCUCAUCGACGCCGCGUUCGUCGCCGUCUCCAUCCCGCUGUGGAAGGACAUCGCGCACGACCUCGGAUACCUCCAGGGCCCCGAGGACGCCCCGGCCGACCUGCCCGUCCCGCCCCCCGGGUCCGGCUACGUCACCGCCACAUUCUCUGGAGGAUGUUUCUGGUGCAUGGAGCGCCCGUUCGACGAGCUCGACGGCGUCAUCGCCACGACAUCCGGGUACACCGGCGGCGUCGUGGACAACCCGACGUAUCACCAGGUGGGCGCCGGACGCACGGGCCACAGGGAGAGCGUGCAGAUCCUCUACGACCCCAAACGCGUGAGCUACGAGCAACUGCUCCAAACGUUUUGGCGCCAGAUUGAUCCCACCAGGGAUGACGGGAUGUUCCUCGACUCGGGGUUUCAGUACACGAGCGCGAUAUACGUCGCCGACGAGUCGCAGCGUUUGGCCGCGGAGGGAAGCGUGAGGGCGUUGACGGAGGCUGGGCGGUUCCCGGGUCCGAUCAAGACGGCGAUCGAACCCGCGCGCACGUUUUGGCCGGCGGAAAAGUAUCAUCAGGAUUAUUACCGGCGCAACGCCGCCAGGUACGGGUUCUACCGGUUCCUGAGCGGGCGGGACGAGUUCGUGCGAGGGGUGUGGGGCACGGACGGGGGCGCGCACGGGCGCUAG